UUUAAAUCUCAUUAUAAAUGUGUGGAUUUCAGAUGUCAGAUAUCAUAUUUUGAUCUUCAUUGUCUCUAUAUUAUAGUUCAUUUUCUGCAUGGUUGAAUGGCAAAUUUGAAGUAGUGAUAGAGAUUUGUAAAGAGAAUGUCGUAUUAUGUGUCUAAACAAAAAAACAAAUUAAAAAAUUAAAAGAAAAACAUUUUCUAAGGUUAGAAAACAUAAGAAACAUAUCCUACCGAGAAAAAUUAUGUGGAAAAGCUUGAUUAUAUUGUAAAUAAUAUAAAAAGAAAAAAGUUUAUCCUUCAAAAGUUAUUACUUCUCGUGGAAAUUCACACAAGCCAGCAUGACUACUCCAAUCAGCACUGCCAUGGACAGUUUGAGCGCAGCUCUAAAAUCCAACAUUAUCCCCAAUCAAGAAUAUCUGCUGCAGGGAUCGGUAUUGGAUACAUCCGUAGAGGUAUUAUUGCACAGACUUCGUGGUUUGUGCGACAAUGUAGACACUGGACCAGAACCUUUCUAUGACCAUGAGAUGUGUUUUAGCAUUCGAAGAGGCUCACCGCAGGAACAACCACUGCUAUUGCGAGUGCGACGUGCUCUAGAUCCGAUCCACUCAGACAUGCCAUGGCAAUUGCGAUACAUUGGCCAACCUGAAUUAGGUGAUAAAUCUCGACCAACAGUCGUACGCAGUAGCAUUGAUAUCGCCACUAACAACACUGUGGUAGAGUUUCUCACUGAGCUGGGUUGCAAGUUAGAUUUUGAAUAUGUCACUCGUGGUUAUAUGUUUCGUAAAGGUCGAAUGAAGAUCACUGUAUCGAAGAUCUUCAAGGUAAAUCAAGGUAAAGUACCAGAAGGCGUGCCAGAAAUGAUAUCACAAAGUUACUUGGUGGAAUUGAGUGUCUUAGCUCCCAGUGGACAAGAUGCCAUAGCAGAGGACAUGAGAAUAUUUGCCGAACAACUGCGACCUUUGGUGCAACUAGAAAAGAUAGAUUAUAAAAGAUUGGUCCAUUAGUUGUAGAAUUUUCUAAUAGCCUAUAACAUGAAUAACUAAAAUAUAAUAUAUCAAAAAUUGAUUAAAUAGACUAAUUUAAGUUUGCAAUCAAAUAAGAAAAAAGCAACAAAAAUUCUCAAAAAAUUUUAGGAAGUAGAUGAUUUUAUAUUAAUUGUGUUUCUUCUCCGAUAUAUAUCUCCUAACAUGAAAGAUUUAGUUUAUUUCUUAUAAGUUGUAUAGCAUUAGUUUAAGAUUAAGAUGAUGGCAAGGAUAUCAUUUAAAUAAAUAUCUCUCUAAAAACAAGCAAAGAAUAAAAAAUAUAUAAAAAAAUAGAAUUACAGAUUUAAGUAAAGCUAUAUUAUUAAA